UGACCGCCGAGUUGAGCGCACGCGUGUCGCGGACCCGUCGCGUGUGAUCUUUAAUUAUGGUGAGUGCUCUGUGAUCUUUAUCGGAUGUGGUGUAUCAAUGUGUUUUUUUAUUAUGGAGGCACGUGACUGGUGUGGCCUAAUUUUUAUGAAUCUUCCAUUUAUCAUCGCCUUGCUGGCCACAGCGGCGCUGUCAUCCAGCACAGUCAUCAAAUCACCAGAGACCGGCGCCAUACCUCCAAACUUCGAGCUCCUCAUACUACACAACAAUGAUAUGCACGCGCGGUUUGAGCAGACCUCGCAACUGAGCGGGGUUUGCACGACUGCUGACCGAGAAGCGGGCAAAUGCUACGGCGGGUUUCCUAGGGUCGCCACUGUUGUAAAGGAGGCACGACGCAAGGCAGCCUCAGGCGAAGGCCCGCCCGUACUAUACCUCAACGCCGGCGACACCUACACCGGCACAGCCUGGUUCACAAUCUACAAGUGGAAGAUCGCCGCUGAGUUCAUCAACGCUUUGAGGCCUGACGCUGUUUCUCUUGGAAAUCAUGAAUUCGACAAUGGUGUUAAGGGUCUAACCCCGUUCAUUGAAAACUUAACUUGUCCAGUCUUAACUGCGAAUAUAGACUUGACUAAUGUGCCAGAACUAGCGACGGAAACUAACCUCAAGAAAUCAAUGAUAAUUGAUAUCGACGGCGUUCAAAUAGGCAUUGUAGGAUACCUCACACCCGACACCAAAUUCCUGGCAGUUCCAAAUAACGUUGAUUACAUUGACGAAAUAGUAGCCAUCAAGGAAGAAGUAAAAAAAUUGCAAGAAAAGAAAAUACGCAUCAUUAUUGCCUUGGGUCAUUCUGGAUAUGUUAAAGACUUGCAAAUAGCGAAAGAAGUAGAGGGCGUGGAUUUAGUAAUUGGAGGGCAUACCAAUACAUUUCUUUGGAACGGCACGACUCCUGAUUCGGAGGAACCGCAAGGACCAUACCCAACUUACGUUAAGCAGGCGUCAGGUCGCUCUGUACCUGUGGUUCAAGCGUACGCUUAUACAAAAUAUUUUGGUAAACUACUAAUGACUUUUGAUUCCAAAGGAGAAGCCAUUAAAAUCUCUGGUCAACCGAUACUCUUGGACAACUCUAUACCUCAAGAUCCAGAAGUCAUUAGAAUUAUUGAACGCUAUAGAGACGAUGUUUUAAACGUUGCCGAUGAAGUGAUAGGAAAUACAUCAGUCGUACUUUCGGGUGAACACUGUAAAUAUCUCGAGUGCAAUUUGGGAAAUUUAAUAACCGACGCAAUGGUUUACCGUUAUGCGACGCUCUAUAAAGGAGAGCAUUGGACUGAUGCUCCCAUUGCUAUCAUUCAAGGUGGAGGUAUCAGAGCAUCAAUAUCAUAUAUGCAUAUGCCUGCAAAUAUUACCAAAGGAGAUCUUCUUAUUGUGAUGCCGUUUGAAGGUAAUUUAGUGACGGUGUCUAUGGCUGGUAGUGUGAUAUUCCAAAUGCUGGAACACUCUGUUUACGAUCUGAACAAUUUACAAGAUCACGGUGAAUUUUUACAAUUUUCUGGAUUACGCGUAGUAUACGAUUAUAAAAGACCGCCGAAAUCUAGGGUAGUCGAAGUAAGAGCAAGAUGUGGGGACUGCCAAAUACCACAAUAUAAAAACAUUAAUAAAACCCAAAUAUACAAAGUCAUAAUGCCUCAAUUUGUAGCCAAUGGUGGUGAUGGGUAUUCCAUGUUAGUGGGUCUACCACAAGAAACAUUAGAUUACAAUGAGCUACAAUGCACAGAGUAUUAUCUACGUCACCGAAGUCCUGUUUUUCCCCAAGUGGAAGGAAGACUCGUCCUACUUAAUGAAGAAGCUAUGUAUCACAAAGAUUCCUCUUCAAGCAUUUCUGUCUCACUAUGUUUGAUGAUAUCCCUAAUAAUUAGUGUAAUGAUUCCUUCCUACUCUUAUUUUUAGGUUAUGUUUAAUCAGGUAAUAAAUAAAUGAAAUUUACGCUUAAAAUCCGCGGGUCUGCUGGCAGUUCCCAUUUGCCUUCUUGAUAGUACGUACCUACUGAGUUGUAGUCUGUAGAGCUUACUUGUGUAGCAAUUUAUACAAUCUCAAUGUUUGACAAUGUUGUUUUAAUGACUGCCGAAAAUAAUGCUCCUAAUUAUAUAUGUUGUGUAAAUUGUAUAAUGUUAGACUGACAGUAUUGUAUUUUAAACUAAUUCUAUCCGUCCCAUUAGUGCAAUUUUUUUUUCCUACUUCGUCCGUUAUUUUUAAACUGCGGGGCCCUCCCCAGAGAAUACCUGCACUAACAUAGAAAUAGACGCAGUGCCAACGAACACGGCAAAAUUACCUAAUGGCUUCAGCCGACCUAGCCGAACUGACAAUCAUUAUCGCUACGUAGCGUUCGAAACGUAGUCUACCUCUGUCGCGCUACUAGAUAAGAAAAGAGCGAUAGAGAGAGUUAGCUACGAUGUGUUUGUAAGUGUUGCGUUGCUACGCAAUGAGGGUUCAGCAGUUUUCAGAUGACAUAUCUCUAGUUAAUAUCUCUAUGCUAAAAGCAUAAAAUUAGAACUUACGAGCUCAGGGGAAAACGGUAAUCGUACGAUUUUAAAGAGCUAGUUGAAACUACUUUCGAUCCAGCAUUUAACGAUAACAAAAAAAAAUUACUACAAUAACAUAUCGUAAUCGUUUUCCCCUGAAAUCUUAACCUAAAUAAUUAUAAGAUGACCAACAUGACAAAAAAUAAGAAGUAUUAUUAUUCUUUGAUUAAGUAAUGUAUGUAACUAUAAAACGAAUGGAGUUUUGAACGAAUAUUAGAAUUAGCGUUACACAUUAGUACAAAGUUGUGAGACUAUUUAAUUUUAACUAAAUAUAGGUACGAGAGUACAGUCGCUAAAUUUCUAAUUAAAAAUUAAGAAUUGCUGAAAUAUUUUUUUAUAAAUGUGUACACCAUAAACCAAUGAAUAUUUCUAUAAAGUCAAACACAACUGUGAAUGUAAUUUGUCAAUCAGUAAUCUAAUACGUAAGUUAUUUGCUACUAUAAAAAGAACGAAUAAACUGACUGAAAUCCUA